AUGACCUCGAAUGUCUUCGACGAUGCUCCCAACUGGGGUAUGACAAGCUCUCACGAUGUACAGAAUCCAGAUAUGACAUCGGACAUGCGGAGUGAGGAAUUCGGCCAGCCUCCAUUCCUGGCAGAAAACUUCCCUCUGGUCAUGAAUGGCGAUUUCGAUCCAUGGAUGAUGCAACACUAUGGUUGGAACGGUGGAAUUGCUCCAAUGUCAGAACAAUUUUCAGAGAAAUGGGAACCAACAAACGUCGGCAUGGAAUACAAGGAAAGGGAAGACGGAGAGCUAGCGAUUUGCGCGUAUUCACAGACAGACUUUGGCAACUCAGUACCACAGUGGGAUGGCUCAAGAGACACCGUGUCCCAACUCGCGACCGAAAGAGCAUUGUUUAUGACUCCCUCCGCCUAUCCUCUGUCCUUCUCAACAUAUCCUGGAUCGCCUAUAUCGGAUCUAUCCAGCACCCCCGACGUGAGCCAUGGCUCGGGCUUGUGGGAGACCGAUUAUGACAGAUCCUCUCUAUCCGCGACGACCGAGACCUAUGUACAAGCUCUGAAGAAUGAGAGCCAGGCUACAGCUCCUGGCUAUUUCUCUGGGGAAGAUGAGGAUGACUAUCCGACAACUUUGGAAAUGCCGGAUGGUAGCACGCGCAGGACCUCUAACUGGCUGCCGGUGGACCCCCAGGCCGGCUUCACCAUAGGCUCUCAUACCUUUCCAAGUUAUACGCGAUUCGAACAUAUGGAAGACGUCCAGAAAGCUUUCAUCUCACCGAACACCGCUGGGUGGAAAUACGAUGGGUGA